AUGUCAUUCACACCUCCUGAUAUACCACCUCCCAUCUCCACCCUCUCCGCCGCGCUGGAGAAUGGUACAGACUCAUCAAUGGUGAUAGCACCUGAACUCAUGGGUGAAGAGGGCUUACCACCUUCCAUCAGGAGGCGUCCAUCAGAUACCGAAAACGAGGGAGGUGCAGCUGAACCAGCUCGUGGACUAAGUAGUAAUGGUUAUCAAAGCUCUUCUGCAAGAGAUGAACGGUCCGGCUGGGACAACAGCGGAUCUACCUACAAUUCAGGCUUGAGACAUACCAAUCCUUGGGAAGAAGGAUAUAGAGAUCAUUCUUCUAAUCUACAACAACAACAACAGGAUCAACAAAACGAAUCUUCCGACUAUCAUAUGGAACAACAUUCCCUUGAUAAUGGGAACGGGGAGGAUAACGCAAAUGACAAUGAACAUGAAAAUGGGACCUCAAUCGAUAAACCAAAACCAAGGAAAAGGCCAAGGACAUCAAAACCGCGUCAAUCAAAAGACAAUAGAGGUGAUGGUCUAAAAGAUGACGGUAUACCUGAAAAAGGCGUUUUAGAUUACGCGGAUCCUUCAGGUGAUAUCAAACUUGGUCCUGUAUAUGUUCACCCUCCAAAAGGUGCAGCUCAAGCUUGUGUUAGAUGUCAUAAAAUAAAAAGGAAAUGUGAUAAUGCCAAACCUAGAUGUGCAGGUUGUAGUAAAGCAGAUGUAGCUUGUGUCUUCGAAUUAUCUCCUGCAACAGCUAGUUACGUGACAAGCUUGAAAUCCAAUAAUAUUGCAUUAGCAUCGCAAAUCGCUACUGCUGCCGAAAGAAUACAACAUCUCGAGUCUACCAUAUCCAACUUGGAAAGGGGUCUCCCCCCUCCAGCCGAAGGAGAUAUGUAUGAUCCUUCUUUACUCCAGACUCAAGCAGAUUUUGCCGCCAUGUCCAAAACUAUCUUAUCUGUUCGUUCAAGCGAACUCUCCAGUCCAGUAUUCGGAGGUCCAGUAUCUCUUGAUGCGUUGACAACCAAUCGACGACCUGCGACUUCCGAUUCCGCCAGGACCUCCUUUGGAAUCACUCUUGUAGGUGCCGAGGCAAGUCCCCUUCCACCAUACGAUGUCUCCAUGCAAGCCCUCGAGACCUUUUUCGACAUGAACGCUAUCUCGUAUCCAUUCUUAGAUAAAGACGAUUUCUUACGUGAUAUGGACGAAAUAUAUCGUCGAGAUCAAUCAGGGAACAGACGAGGUAGUACUAUUACAGGUCAAAUAAUGAACGGCGAUGACGAACUCUGGCCAGGAAAAGAAUUCAUCUUAUUCAUGGUGGUCGCUAUUGGAACUACAAAUAAAGAGAGAAUGGGUGAAGUCGAAAAAGGUUCAUCGAAAAUAUACAAGCAACGUGCUUUCUUGAGUCUUAACGCUGCAGUAGGAAGGGAAGACAUCCUCUGCGUGCAAUCUCUCAUCCUCCUCGCGAUAUAUGCGAUGUUCGACCCAUCCGGUAUCUCACUGUGGCAUGUUGUCGGUUUCGCUGCAAGGGUUGCGAUAGCACUCAACCUGCACAGAAGGGUCGACGAUUCCAGCUUACCUGCGAAUGUGGUCGAACAUCGAAAAAGAGUGUUCUACUCUUUGUUCAACCUUGAUCGACUAGUGGCUGGAACUCUUUCCAAACCUCUCGCUAUUGCCGAUAGUGACAUUGAUGUUGAGUUUCCAACCCCGUCACCUACCGAUGCGCCGUUCCGAGGACGACCACGAAUCGAGUUCACUCGACACAUCAUCAAACUCCGUCGAUUGGGCGGUGCGAUCCUUUCAACAGUAUACUCUGUGUCAGGCGAGCAGAAUUCUCUUCCUGAACCCGAUCGAGCAGGUAUCAUCCAUAGUCUACAUUCUCGACUAGAUACCUGGCUAUCCGAAUGUCCCUUACCGCCAGACAAUAAUGAAGAGAAGGGAAGCAUGAUCCAUACCAGUCAUUCAUGGUUCCUAUUGAAUUAUCAUCAAGGUUUAUGUUUACUUUAUCGACCAUCACCCUUAUAUCCAACGAUGACAGUUGAAAGACUGACCGAGCUACAUCAAGCUAGUAUUAGAUGUGUCGAUCUAUACAUUGAAUUAUGGCACGAACAAAAAGUCAGUUACAAUCUGAUCAACGUAUCAAUGCAAUUCCUAGCUUGUAUAUCUUUAUUAUACUGCUUGUGUGAAUACGAUAGUAGAGAUUCGGCUUUGGUAAAAAGAUUAGACUGGAGAAAAGAAGUCGCGCAAAGAUUAGGUCAAUGUCACGAUCUAUUAGAUGCGUUCUCGGGUGCAUUGCCUGAAACAGCAAAGUAUAGAGAGAUUUUUACGAAACUUUCAGGUUUGUUGUUAGCUAGAUAUGGUCCCAUAAAAGAAUCGUCAACAGUUACUUCACCAUCAAAUGAAAACAAAGCUAAGACCGAUGUCACCUCAAGAGCCAUAGAUCAAGUUCCAGCAACAAAUGCAGUACUCCCAAAUACCGUUCCAAUCACAGAAGGUGCGAAUUCAUCGACAUCGACGAAUGAGAAUGAAAUUGCAUGGAAUGCGAUGACUCAACUAUGGUAUAAUUCAGGUGAAUUCAUAUUUGACGAGAGAGCUUUGAAUCCUCUCUCUGCCAAUAUAACAACAUCUGACCAAAAUCAAGAUGGUAAACAACAACAACAACAACAACAACAACAACAACGUGAAAAAGAAAGAGAUUUAGGAAGUGCGCAUGGUUUAUGGCACCAGUUAGGUUAA